CAGGUAGGUGUUCUGUUCCAUCAUUGCGUUUCAGCAUAUGUCGUGCUGCAGUUCAAGGUUGGACACAUGCGGGAUUUUCCUUAUACGAGGUCUGUCAGCAUCAUAGGCCGUCACUGCUCAGUAGCCUACUCCACAAGGAGGAAACAAGCUCUGUAAACAAACAGACCAAACACUUGUGCAGAAUCAUUUCAUCAAUUUUGAAGUGGCUCGAGGUCGAUCAAGACAAGAUACCCAAGUGGGGAUCCACUGGAAAAACCGAAGUGAUCCAACUUCCUUGUUCGCAGAUGAUAGACGACUGCAGGAGGAAAGGUCCUGCCUUAGAUCCAGAGUCCGUAACCCAGUCCGCCAUGGAGGGUCCGCCUGCGAGGAACUCGCAAGUUCUGCUGAUCAGCCUGCUCAUCAGUGUCGGGUGUGUCUUCGUACUGCUGUGUCUGCUGGGAUUGGGACAGUUUCCCAAACAACGCGACCCCAAUGAUGUUGAAGGAUGCACCUACAACUAUGAAUGUCCUGAGGACUCCGCCUGUAUCAACAGGGUAUGUGAAGAUCCUUGUUUUGGCAUUUGUCAGGAUAACGCCACUUGCCAGAUGUUCAACCAUAUACCGUACUGUUCCUGCAAGCCUGGCUUCUCAGGCAACCCCUUCACUGGCUGUCAGAGAGCUGUUGCAGUACUAGCAGGAGACUUGCCAGGCAACAACAGCCAGCCCAGGAGAAAAAGGUUCGAAGUGGAGCGCUUCAUUAAGGUCAACUGGUAUGCAGCUUACGCUCACUGCAGGUACCACGGAGGUCGCCUGGCCGUCAUCGAGUCAAAGGAAGAGAAUGAGCAGGUCAAAGAGGCGAUACUGAAGACGAACCUACGGAACGAACAGUUUUGGACAUCCGGGACUGACUUUCCUCAGGGACAAUGGGUCUGGAUGACCUCCGGGAAGCCGUUUUCUGGAUUCUCAGACUGGGAGCCUGGAGAACCCAACAAUGCUGGAGACGAGCACUGCCUCCAGUUCUUCGAGAAGGAGAGGAAAGGAUACAUGUGGAACGACAAGAACUGUAUGGAGCAGAUCUUCCCGAUUUGCGAAUACUUGGAAUAAUUUUGAUAUCAAUAAUGCUUUGUUUUUGUAAUAAAAUAAUCCACAGAAAAACUUUGUUGUUAAUAACUAUUAUGUAGUCUUAAAAUAUAAACCAUAGAUUAAAUGUGUUGGAAUUAAUUAUAUUUUCUUAGUAAGAUAA